UUUAUCGUUUAGAAUAGAGGUCUGUUUUUUUUUAAAACGCCACCUUUUUGGAAUGCCUAGAAAGAAACCGUAUAGUGGGAAGGCUAAAAAAUUGCAGCUACGAGGGAAAAAAGAAGAAAAAAGGCGACAGACCGCAGAGAUAAGAAACAAAAGCGGCUUACAUUCAGAUAACUUACACCAAGGCGUAAGCAAAAACGGGCCUAAUUCAAGAUUCUCUUUGCAUUUUAUUGAAGAACUUUUAGAAACUAUUGAAGAAAAUAAAAUUAAAAGCAGACUUCCUUAUAGUCCCGUAGCAGAGGAAGAAUUAGAAUUUGGUUUUGAAGAUGUUCACGGAGAAGGAACUAUGAGCAUCCCGUUACGCCCUCGUUGGAAUUAUGAUAUGACCAAAGAAGAACUUGAAAAAAAAGAACAAGCGAUUUUUAAAAUUUGGAUGGAAGAUUUAACUAGUACUUAUAAGAAUUUAAGUUACUUUGAAUUAAAUUUGGAGAAUUGGAGACAGCUAUGGAGAGUUUUGGAGAUUUCCAACGUUAUACUUCUUAUAACGGAUGUUCGCCAUCCCAUUUUCCAUUUUUCUCCGGCGCUAUUCAACUAUAUAGUAGAUACUUUACAGAAGCCUGUAAUUCUCGUGUUAAAUAAAAUAGAUCUUGUUUCUGAAGUUACUUGUCGGGCUUGGAAAGAAUACUUUCAAUUAAAUUUUCCAAAGUUACACGUGGUUAUGUUUGCUUCAUUUCCACGUGAACAGCGCAACAUUUCUUUACAAAAUCAGUCACUCGGCAAAGCGUGGGGCGUCGAGCAGCUUCUACAGGCUUGUUGUGAUUGUUGUUGCAGCUGUGAAAGUUUUGAUAUUGAUAAAAAAUCGCUUAUUAUCCGCGCCGUUAAGGAUUGGAAUUUCAAAGUCAAGCUCGCUCAGUCCGUGCAGGAACAAAAUGAAAACAUGAACCAAUCCGGAAACGACAAAGACGGUCAUUCGGCCAAUGAAAACACUGAGAUGACAAUCCAGCAUGAUCCUUUUUUUAUUACUAUUGGCCUUGUAGGAUCGCCAAACGUUGGGAAGAGUUCUAUUAUAAACGCGCUUGUAAAUAAAAAGGUUGUUAGCUGUUCCCGUACUCCUGGCCAUACCAAGCACUUUCAAACUAUUUACGUGACUCCUUUAAUUAGAGUAUGCGACUCUCCCGGGAUCGUGUUUCCUACACUCCUGCCGCGUUGCUUGCAGAUUCUCUCUGGCGUCUAUCCCGUCUCUCAAGUCCGUGAGCCUUACUCCUCCGUGCAAUUUUUAGCUGAAAGAGUCCCACUCGUCCGGCUUCUCGGACUGACUUGGCCGUAUGAACCCGGUUCAGUCUCGGAUGCCCCAACAAAACCGCAGUGGUCCGCGUGGGCUGUUUGCGAUGCAUGGGCUAAGAAGCGAGGGUUCCACACGGCAAAGGCAGGGCGCCUUGACACCUACAGAGCCGCCAAUAAUAUUUUGCGGUUGGCUGUCGAGGGCCACAUAGUUUUGUCCGUCAAGCCACUUGGGUUUUACCAGCAAUACUCCACGUGCUCAACGGUGGAAUAAAUUUGGCUCUAGCGACGAUGUUAACGGUGACGGCAAUAUGCUGAACGACACCGGAAAAUAAUCGUCCUUCAACUUCAUUGACGGAUUUAAUUUUUUAUUUUAAGUCUGAAAUUUUUAUUUGAUCAAAAUUCUUUACAGAUUAGUAUAUCUGCUUCGCUUAUUAAUAAAAGUUGUAUUUUUUU